AUGUACGAGCGCAAGGUCAAGGAGAAGCAGCUUCGGCCCGACGACAACCAGCGGCGUAUUGUAUCCAUCCUAGAUCAUCUGCACUACAAGCUCCGCCAUUACGAACAGCCAGAGGUGCCGGACCCCGAGGAAAGCAUCCAGAACGAAGCUCAUGCAGACGACGGCGGCCAUCGAGGCAUCUUCGACACCCUGUCUGUCUGGUUCAGCGGGAAAACAAAUGAACCAGAGAGCGACGGACAAGAUGCUAUGCGACCGAAACAUACGCCACAGGGCCUGUAUCUGUAUGGCGACGUCGGCACGGGGAAAAGCAUGGUGAUGGAUCUGUUCUACCACACACUGCCGUCGAACAUCACUCGCAAGCGGCGCGUGCACUUUCACCAGUUCAUGAUGGACGUUCACAAAAGCUCGCACGAGUUUAAAAAGAAGAUGCAAGCAGCCACAUCAAAACGCACGAGUGUGGGCAGGAGCGGCCGCAGCGGUGGCGGUAGCAAGGAUCCUAUUGAGCCGGUGAUCCGCGAAAUUGCGCGGGAUGCCCAAGUGUUAUGUUUUGAUGAGUUUCAGGUCGUCGACAUCGUCGAUGCCAUGAUCCUUCGCCGCUUACUUGCAGGGCUCCUGCGAUAUGGCGUUGUGAUUGUUAUGACCUCGAAUCGGCAUCCUACCGAACUGUAUAAGAAUGGUAUUCAGCGGUCCAGUUUCAUACCCUGCAUCCGUCUUCUGGAGACGCAGUACCAUGUGGUGGAUCUCAAUUCUGGCACGGAUUACCGCAAAGUACCGCAGGCAAGGUACGAGACGUACUUCGAGACUACGAAUCCACAGGGCUUGGCUGAGUACGAGCAAUUGUGGUCGAACAUGACAAGAGACGAACCCGUCAUGGAGGACCGAUCGCUCACUGUAUGGGGGCGGCCUCUCCAAGUGCCACUGUGCACGUCGCAUGUGGCUCGCUUCACGUUUCAGCAGCUGUGUGGCGAGCCACGCAGUGCGUCUGACUAUAUCGCGCUGUGCAACGAGUUCGAUGUGUUUUUCCUCGACGAGAUUCCGCUCAUGAACCUUGACAUGCGGGACUUGGCGCGCCGCUUCAUCACGUUUGUGGACGCUGCCUAUGAGGCCAAAGUGCGUCUGUUUAGCACGUCGGAAGUCGAUCUUAUGAAGGUAUUUAGCGGCACGACAUCUAUGGAUGAGGCGUCGUCUGAGCAAAUGCGUGUGCUAAUGGAUGACCUGAAAAUGAGCAUGGAUGACAUUGGCGGCUCCUCUAUCUUUAGCGGUCAGGAGGAAGUGUUUGCAUUUGCGCGUCUCGUGUCGCGACUGAGUGAAAUGGGCACGAAGCAUUAUGCGGAAGUAUCGGCCAAGUCCAGUUAA